UCGAUUGCCGCCAUGGCCGCCGUGACGUGCCGGUGCAGCAGCGUGGUGUUCGUCGGCAACAUCCCGUACCAGGCGACGGAGGCGGAGCUCCGGGACGCGUGCGAGGAGAUCGGCCCCGUGGCGUCGCUCCGGCUGGCCGUCGACAGGGACACCGGCAAGCCGAGGGGCUUCGCCUUCGUCGAGUACCUCGACGACGAGACCGCCCGUAGCGCCUGCCGCAACCUCGACGGCCACGCCCUCCGCGGCCGCGCGCUCCGCGUCGGCAUCGCCGAGCUGCAGCAGCAGGGAGAGGGAGGAGGCGGAGGAGGAGGAGGAGGAGCAUCCGCCGUGCGCCGUGGCGGCGGCGAGGCGGACCAGCCGGUGGGCGUCGAGGACGCCACCCACGCCGCGUCGCUCGUGUCCGGGGCGCCGCCGCCCAGCGCCGCCGCCACGGCUUACCUCGCCGGGCUGAGCCGGAGGCAGGUGCGCGAGAUGGUGGACGCGGUGGAGGCGCAGGGGGAGGCGCUCGUGGAGCGGAUGAAGCGGCAGUACGCGGGGCUCGCCGCGCUGAUCGAGCAGGCGCGGAUACUGCUCGGCAUGGCGGACGCCGACGCGGCGGCCGCGGCGGCGGCGAAGGCCAAGAAGGGCCGCGCGCAGAAGAGGAAUCACCACGGCGAGGAGGCCCAUGUUGCGUCGAAGCUGAGGAAGCUGAACGAUGGGAGGCCGGCCCAUUACCAGCCCAAUAGCUAG